CUCUCCGUCACGGGAAACCGUAGUUGAAUCUCAACUAUCAACUCUCAACUCUCUCUCUCUCUCACACACACCAAUGUGAACCUCUUUCUCUCUAAUGGCGAAACAGCUUCUUCUGCAACUUCUUCAUCUCCUUCUCCUUCUUCCUGAACAACGCUGUCGUUUUGCACCUCCUCUUCAAAUCUCCAACUUCGCAUUCUUCUCCUCUCUGUAACCUCUUCUUCUCUCUACAUUUCGGAACUCUGCAACUUCCUCUUCUUCAACUUCCUCCACCGACUCACUCACUCAGAUUUCUUGUUUAUUUCGUAGUUUAUUGCUCUACCUUGUGUUUGGUGCACAAGAUCCAUGGUUACUUCUUCUUCACCACGCUAUCGUACUAUCUGUAUGCUGAAUUGCAAUCAACAUUGCUCAGAAACCUGGAAUUUUACUACACUUUUUGAUGAAUAAUCACUGUUUAAGUUGCAUUAUAGAGGAUUGAGGGGAAAAGGAGAGGGAAUUCUCAAUUCUCUUACUAAUUUGAUGACAUGGAGCAGUAUGAAGUACUUGAGCAAAUAGGAAAAGGUUCUUUUGGUUCCGCGCUUCUCGUGAGGCAUAAGCAUGAGAAGAAAAAAUAUGUGCUCAAGAAGAUUCGUCUUGCUCGCCAAACUGAGCGCUCUCGAAGAUCUGCGCACCAGGAGAUGGAACUCAUCUCUAAAUUACGAAACCCUUUUAUUGUGGAGUAUAAAGACUCAUGGGUAGAAAAGGGCUGCUAUGUCUGCAUUAUUAUUGGUUAUUGCGAGGGCGGAGAUAUGGCUGAAGCUAUAAAGAAAGCUAAUGGUGUUCUGUUUUCUGAGGAGAAACUUUGUAAGUGGCUUGUUCAACUUCUUAUGGCACUUGACUACCUGCAAAGGAAUCACAUUCUUCACCGUGAUGUCAAGUGUUCAAAUAUCUUUUUGACGAAGGAUCGUGAUGUACGCCUGGGUGAUUUUGGACUUGCCAAAAUGUUGACUUCCGAUGAUCUUGCUUCCUCUGUUGUGGGAACUCCUAGCUACAUGUGCCCUGAGCUCCUUGCUGACAUACCUUAUGGUUCUAAAUCAGAUAUUUGGUCCUUGGGAUGUUGUAUAUAUGAAAUGGCAGCACAUAAGCCUGCAUUCAAAGCAUUUGAUAUACAAGCAUUAAUUAACAAGAUUCAUAAGUGCAUAGUGGCUCCACUGCCAACAAAAUAUUCUAGUUCAUUUCGAGGUCUUGUUAAGAGCAUGCUGCGUAAAAACCCAGAGCUUAGGCCCAGUGCUUCAGAGCUUCUUGGGCACCCGCAUCUUCAACCCUAUGUUCUUAAGAUCCACCUUAAAAUCAAUAGCCCGAGGCGGAGUACAUUACCUGCUCAUUGGCCAGAACCAAACUACAUGAAGAAAACUAGAUUUUUGGUGUCAGAAGAUGAUACUGUUUCCAUCUAUAGGGAUAGGCGGAAUUCUUUCAGCAAUCGGGCUCUAAAUCCUAGUGUAUCUGGAGCUGAUCAAGAUUCUGUAUGCUCAACCCUAGAAAUAGAUUGUAUUCCUGAUAAUUUGAAUCAAAGGUUAGCAGAACUACGCAUCAGAGAUAGCCGUGAAGUCAAGUCAAUCCAUAAGCCUGUUGUUUCCAGAACUUCUAGUAUUGCUAAGACUCGGAGACUCACUUCAUCAAAAGUUUCUACCACCAACAAGAAACCAGUGGGACCCUCUAAGGAUCGUAAAGUGCUUACUUUUUCAAAUAGCACAAAAUCUGCCCAGACUAAUCGCAGAGCAUCAUUUCCAAUGCCAACAAAGGGUGGUAUUCAGCAGCCUCCUUGCAGGCAAAGUGUUGCUGUGCUUAGCCCCGUGUCUUCGCUGGAUAUCUCCGUCAACUCUCCCCGUAUUGACAAGAUAGCUGAAUUUCCAUUAGCAUCAUACGAAGAGUCAUUCCCUAUUAAUAGAGUAUCAACCUCUGCACAAGAUUCAUCUCAUGACAAUCAUUCAACUGUGAUAGACAAAUGCACUGUAGAGGUACUUGAUAGAACUUCUAGUAGGCCUAGUCGUAACGAUGCCUGGCAGGGAAUCAAGCGCAGCAUGUUAAAGGAAAUUGAUGAGGAUAAAAGUGGUUCCUCUGAUAAAAAUGCAACAGCAGGUGCAUCAAGCCGCACAUCUUCUGACUUGCGGCGCCAACAGUUUGACACUUCAUCAUUCCAACAAAGAGCUGAAGCCUUGGAAGGCUUGCUUGAAUUUAGUGCAAGAUUGCUGCAGCAGGCAAGGUAUGAUGAACUUGGGGUUUUAUUGAAACCAUUUGGGCCUGGGAAAGUUUCCCCAAGGGAAACUGCUAUCUGGUUGAGUAAGAGCUACAAAGAGAACAAUUUAAACCUGGAAGAACCCCUGUAAACUAAUGUAAUAUGUACUGUAGUCAUUGAUAGAGUUCAGUAUUUCUUUUCUUAAACGGGAACAUUUAGCCAGUUGAUUCUUGUAGGUUAUCACUUUUUUUCAUUUGCCCUUUUCUAUUCCACUUUAUGGAAAACUGAUAACUCAAUUUUUCGAACUGAUGAAUGAUCCAGAGGAUAGAUAAAUUCAUGAUAA